AGGCUUUCGUUUGCGUGUUUACUAAUUUUGAUAAAGACGUGGAUUUCAGUUACAUAAUGUUUGUCGAAAUGGAUUUUGUUUCAUGUUUAUUUUGGAAAACAAUAGCAUCAAUACUUGUGCAGGUAAUCCUGUGCCUUAUAAAAGAUUAUUUAUCAAUUUUUAUUUCAAAUUAAAAUGGUGGUUACAGGGCGUUGAAAAUACAUUUUAUACAACAUUGUACUGGCGUUCGUAUUAUUAUAAUAUAUGAAGAUAAUGUCAUUGUCCUGGGUAUCAUAUAAAUGUUUGGUUCCUCUACUAAUUGGUUUAACUUCAUCUUUGGAGUGUAAAACCGGGAAAAAUGCUAUUAGGAAGACGGUCAAACAUGAAUGCCAACGCACGUGUGAAUAUCCCCCCAGGCCUACAGUGUGUGAAUACCAGUUUACAGCCUCCUGGACCUACACUAUGUCAACAUACUGUUUUGAUUGUCCUUGGAUUCAAGAAGACUGUUUACGAGAACGAUGCAUGCCAGUUGAUGGUACAUCUAGGCCCGUCGUAACGAUCAACAAGAUGUCCCCUGGUCCUAGCAUAGAAGUCUGUGAAGGGGACACCAUUCGUGUUAAAGUGAUUAACAAGUUACAGGACGACGGCGGAUUAUCAAUACACUGGCAUGGUAUGAACCAAAACAGGACCAAUAUCAUGGAUGGCGUCUCCAAGGUCACCCAGUGCCCUAUAGCGCGUGGGUCGUCAUUCGUAUACAGUUUCAUAGCCGACCCACCAGGUACCCAUUGGUGGCACUCCCACUCAGGUAUACAAAGAGGUGACGGAAUGUACGGCUCUUUAAUCGUCCGAACGCCAAAAGAAACCGAAGUCAACGGUGGCGAGUACGACUUCGAUCUCUCGGAACAUGUGAUGAUCAUAAAUGAUUGGACAAGUACUAUGAUAAUGGAAAUUUUUGCUUUAGCAGUAGAUCAUACAAAAGCAGCAAAUUCAAAUACUCUUUCUUUACUAGUAAAUGGAAUGGGAAGAAACGUUAAAUUUACCGACGCAAAUGAUACUGUAUAUACACCUCGGACGGAAUUUGAAGUGGAGGAAGGAAAGCGGUAUCGAAUGCGCAUGAUCAAUACAGCAUUCGGCGAAUGUAAUCUGCGUGUUGCUUUUGAAUCUCACAAAUUAAAUAUUAUUGGUUCUGAUGGACAUGAGUUCAAGACGGUAAAACAAGUAGAUGCGUUUGUGAUUAGUCCAGGUGAAAGGUUGGAUUUCGUUUUAACCGCCAAUGCAGUGCCUUCAACGUACUGUAUAUUUCUCAUUGGAUAUCCAGAAAGCGAAUGCAACAGUAGUGGAGAAGCGAUUUUGAGAUACAAACAAGCACCAAAUAUUGAAACUCAGUGCGCACAUAAUAAUAAAUCUCUAAAUCGUAUGUUUUCAACCCUGAAAAACAGUGAUGUCGAAACGGGUUUAGAUGGAAUUCAAUAUGUUUCCUUAAGCGAUACCUUUGCACUAGAGUCUGUCCCUUCAGAACUAUAUAAUGUGGAUAAAAAAUACUACAUAGCAAUCAACGAGUACCUGCAUCACAUACAAAAGAACCCAAACGAUGAAACCGGCACAGUUGCAAUAGUACUUCAGAUGGAUAAUGUUGAAUUUGAAUUUCCAGAAACGCCUUUAUUGACUGCAAAACCAAGUUUUGUUGAAACCUGUCAUCCAACUCAAAACAGAUCAGCGUAUGAACGUUGUACUUCAGAACUUUGUCAAUGCACCAACGUGUUGAAGGUUCAACUUGGACAGGUAAUUGAGUUAGUACUUCUAAAUAAUGUAAAUUUAGUUCCUCAUCCUAUGCACCUACAUGGACAAUCAUUUCGUGUUCUAGCUCAGGAGUCUAUAGGAACUAUCACUAUCCAGGAACUCGAGAGACUUGACGACCAAGGAAAACUCAAACGAAUUGAUGUGGAUAAAGCCGUCGUGAAAGACACGGUAAAUGUGCCACAAUACGGUUAUGCCAUCAUUAGAUGGAAAGCUGAAAAUCCAGGAUACUGGUUCUUCCAUUGUCACGUUAACUAUCACUCAGAGUUCGGCAUGACAAUGGUUAUUCAAGUUGGUGAUGAUGAAGAGAUUCCAAGACCACCAGACAACUAUCCCACAUGCGGAUCCUGGUCAUCUGACUAACGUUUAGUAACCAAUCAGCGGCACAUGGUUAUGUCUAAUGUUCACUGCAAAUUCGAAUCCACUAUAGUUUUAACGAAUGAUAUUUGUAAUCGGUACAAUAUGUUCGAUUUAUGCUUAAAAUAUGAAUAUGUUUACGUCAUUUGUUAAUAAAAUCGCAUUCAUGUUGUAGUAAAACCAAUAAAAAAUGUUAUGUAUUAAGUAUAGGGUCACGUGGUCACGCAAAUUGAAAUCACCAGUAUCAUUUGCAAAGAAAGUUUCAUGACAUCGACGUAUAUAAUAAUAAAAAUAAUAAUAGUGUAGAUGUGUAUAGCGCCGGUAUCAUUAGGCCCGUACUCAGGAUUUUUUAUUAAGCCGAGCACACACAGCGCUCGACGGUCGUAGGCCGAUGCCAUUCUAUGAAGAACGCAACGCGACGACGCGCACGUAACGGAUCGUUUUUAAUGACCAUCCGUUAGACUGCUACGACAAUCAGCAGACGGCGUUGCGUCGUCUAUCGCUCACAAGGAGCGGAGUUUCAUUCGUCGUGCGACGGUCGUACCCAGCAGUGAGUGCCCGGCAUUAGGUGGGUGAGAAUUUGCAGAGAGCGGACCGAAAUGGCUCGCAGGUGGGCCGGCGGUGGCGUGCAGGGGAAACACCCUGCUGGGGCAUUUUUGAUAAUUUGAGGUCUUAUUUAAUCGAUUACUGAAGAUGCAGUCUGGGUGGAUGCAGGAUUCAGCGGUAGGAGGUACGUGCAAGAACGGAGAUCUGUUUUGAAAGUUUGGGGGCGGGGGAGAAAUUUCGCGAGUCCACACUCACCAUGGUUAUGACUGAGGAGCAAACAUUUGAGGAAAUAGAUGGACGGAAAUGACAGUUUUAUAUAGUAAAAUUCAUCAUCACAUCACCAUUAUAUAGUUGAAAUGAAGCGCCAGCAAAUUUCUCAUGAUCUUUAAUCAGGGAUUUUCGGCAACCACAGAGAUCUAAUUAAUAUGAGUGAUGUACCAUAGAAAAGCAAACUUAAAAAAAAAAACACUUUCUUUUAUGUAUUUAAUGUACUUGACCUACCUCAAAUCCAUGAGGCCACAUCCACCUCAGCCCCACCAUGGUUGGGGCUGAGGUGAGAACAUUUGACGAAAUAGUACCUCUAAAUGGCCA